UCAAGCGUCUUGAAGAAAUUCGAGACCUAAAGACAAAAUGGCCGCUAUGUGAAAACGCGCGUUUGCAAACUUUAGGGCUCUUAGCGCUCGGUAGCCGCUUGGCUGCGGAUUUAGAUAUGACACUAUUUAGGGUGUUGUAUGGGGUGACUGCUGCUACUAGCUGUUUGUAUGUAUUCGGGGAGUACAUUGCUGAAUUUACAAUGCUAGUUGGGCCAUCUAUGGAGCCAACUCUAAACAACAGUUCUACCGAAAACAUUGUUGUGACAGAGCAUGUUACAUCCCGGCUCAGGACUCUUCGCAGGGGUGAUAUUGUUGUUGUGCGUUCCCCUCAAGACCCCAGGAAUCUAGUGUGCAAGAGGAUCACAGCGAUGGCUGGGGAUCUUGUCGAUGAUGGAGCAAGUGGUUAUCUUAAGGUUCCAAAGGGACAUAUUUGGCUACUGGGUGACAACCAGGAGAACUCCACAGAUUCCCGUGAUUACGGCCCAGUACCAUAUGGACUAGUCCGUGGGAGAGUGUGCUACAAAGUGUGGCCCUUGUCUGAGUUUGGAAAAAUAAAGAGUCCAGCGAUAUACGAAGAACAAAGCUUGCCAUAGCACCAAGAACAAGUAUCAAGCUAAAAUGACAUUCACAUGCUGGAAUUCACUAAAUAAGGGGAAAGGUGGCCGGAGAUAGCUACAGACAGCUAGGCCCCAGUGACGAUGGAUAGAUUGGCUUGAUAUCCUCAUUCUUUUUAAGCCCUCAUGAAAUGUUGUUAUAGAUCAUAACCCUGUAAUCCACCCAUGGAUAAAAUAUUGCAAGGUUUCUUUCAAUUUUUACACAGAAAUAAGGGGUGAGGUUCAGAAAGCUAUCAAGUUAUUAGGUAAACCAGUUGCCUAAAUACAGUACAGUUUUCCAAUAAUUUUUCAAGGUCAAGUUAAGAAAAAGCACAUUUUUUUAAACAUUUCUUUAAACAUGAGAAUCAAUUUUCCAUAGAAAUUGCUUUUCAUUCCCCAUAAAACUGCAAUUGUGCAGACAAAAAAGGUAUACAAAAAUGUAUCAUCUUGUAGUUUCUUGUUUGGAUAUAUUCUGUUUUCUAUUACUAUUGCCCCCAAAUAUUGAACGAUCUGUGAAAAAAAAAACUACUAUAUAGAACAAUGUAGAGUUUUUAUUUUAAUAAAAUACAAGAAAAGAGUUUGCCUUUUCUGUGUACAAAUGACAAAAAAGCAACACUUAGCAAAAAGAAAAAAAGGGCUCAAAGCAAGCAUAGUAAAGAAUAUUUUAUUGAACUGCCUCACAAGACAUUUCAUAGGCUGUUAAAAAGCACUAAAAAGUACAUUUCAAAUAACUAAAAAAAAAUUAAUAUAACUUGAACUAAAACCAUGGAAAAAAAAAGGAGCAAGAAGGGGCUGACAAUUACAUUAUAUGAGAAUGUACAGUAAAGCAAUGUACUGUAAGCAAUCUGUUUUUUAAGCGAAUGAAAUAAGGGGUGAAAAAUACCUUAUUCUUUACAAUAAAAAGUUAUAAGUAAUAAGUCUUAUUACCUUAUUCUUUACAAUAAAAAGUUAUAAGUAA